UAGCUGAUGGAUAUCUGACAAAACAAAAAUGCCUUACCUGCGUCCUCCGUGAACGCCUGUCAGUAGUGAUCUUCCACGCAAGAUGAUGCGCUGCCUUCCUUUUCUCUUUGUUGCCCUAGUGGGGAGCUUUACGCUACUGAAUGGUGCACCGGCCCCUGCCCUACCAGAAGAAUUGGAUGAUGCCGAGUUUUACACCGAAGAUGGUAAAAACGUCGUCACCUGCGCCCUUUGCGCCACGGUGGUCGAAGACGUAAUGAUCCUCCUUCAGAAUGGCACCGUAACAGACCAGCAAAUCAUCGACUACAUCAUCGACACCUGCGCAAAGUUGAAUGUUUUUACCAAUCCUGAUCAAGUGUGCGGUGGACUUACGGCAAUCGCUUUGCCAACCAUCAGAUAUAUCUUUAGCACGGGCGUCGUCAUCCCUGGAAAUAUCUGUGGAAUGCUUCUACAAGGACAGGAGUGCGGAUUAUCCGAUCCAGAGCCUUUAGAAUGGGCCAUUGCACCCAGCUCAAAUCCUAAACCACCUUUUAAUGAACCAAGCCAGCCACCGCCAGAUUCACCAACGAUUAAAGUAUUGCAUUUGGCCGACAUUCAUUAUGAUCCGGAAUACCUUGCCGGAGCAAACGCCAUGUGUGGAGAUCCUCUGUGCUGUCGGGCUACGUCCGGCGAAGUCGUUAAUGCCACCGAUGCUGCUGGAUAUUGGGGAGACUAUCGAUCAUGUGACAUGCCCUGGUAUUUAAUUGAAGAUGCAGUCUCUCAGAUGGCGACGAGACACCCGGAUGUUGGCUAUAUUAUCUGGACAGGAGAUUUGACACCUCACGAUGUCUGGUCAACUGCCAAAGAGGAGAACAUCUAUAUUAUUGAUCGUUUGAUGACUCUGAUUACACAAUACUUCCCAGGCGUACCUGUGUACCCCACGUUGGGAAACCACGAGUCCCAUCCUGUCAACACUUUUUCUCCACCGGAGAUUACCGACCCCGAGUUAAGCACCAGUUGGCUGUACGAUGAAGCUGACCGGCAAUGGGCACGAUGGCUUCCGGCCGAAGUUUCCUCUACUAUCCGUUAUGGAGGCUUCUAUACUGCCCUUGUCCAACCGGGACUUCGUAUAGUUUCGAUGAACAUGAACUAUUGCUACACCUUGAACUACUGGACCUACUAUAAAUCACAGGAUCCAGCCUCCAGUCUUUUGUGGCUUAAUCAGAUUCUGGAAGAAGCUGAACUGAAUGGCGAAAAAGUUCAUAUUCUCAGCCAUAUUCCACCGGGCAACGGUGAUUGCUGGACUAUCUUUAGUCGCGAAUUUUCCAAGAUUAUUAACCGGUUUGAAUCAACCGUGGCUGCCCAGUUUUACGGGCAUACCCACAAAGAUGAAUACAAAGUUUUCUACGACACGGUUGAACUUACUCGGCCAGUCAAUGUUGCCUUUAUUGCGCCAAGUCUUACCACCUAUUCUAAACUCAACCCGGGAUACCGUACUUACACCGUUGAUGGUCAACGACCUGGUUCUACCUGGUCUGUGUUGGAUUUCAGCACUUUUAUCAUGAACUUGACUGAAGCUAAUCAACGAGGUUCAGAAGCCGCCCCUGUUUGGUCAGAACUCUAUCAGGCUAAGCAAGAAUAUGGUCUUACUGAUUUGACGCCACAGUCGAUGGAUAUGCUCUUCCAGCGGAUGUUAACAGAUGACGCUCUAUUUCAGCUCUAUUUCAAAAAUCACCACAAAAAUGCGGAUGAGGUUGUGGCAGAAGGUUGUACCAAUCGCUGCAAAUCUAACUUGCUCUGUCGCAUCGUUACGACCGACAUUGCUGACCAAAGCAAAUGUGAGAAUAUCCGCCAUCAGCUUUUCAGCCAUCCCGAAUUUUGAUCAAUUAUUUGCAAACAUGUCUGCCAAUUUGUUUUUUAAACUUCACUUACUCUUUACUUACUAAGAGAAAUACACUAUCACUAGAGUUAUAAGAUUAA